AGAAGUAGUUUGACUAUGGAAUAAAACAUCUUUGAAUGGGCAGGCUAACUGUGGGGAGAAAAGGGGAGUUUCAGGUCCCCUGAAGUUAUGCAAUCCCAUCAUGCUCUAUAUAAGGCCAGACCCACACUCAAAGCUGAGGAUCUCUGUGACCUUGCAUCUCAUUUUUGUAACCAGAAUGCUGCGGUACGUUGUGGCUCUGUGUCUUCUGGCAUUGUCCUACGCACAGGACUGUCGGAUAGAAAAUUUCCAGGUCAAGCAGGACUUUGACAGAACCAGGUAUGCAGGGACCUGGUAUGCCGUAGGAAAGAAGGACCCAGAAGGUCUGUUCCUCCUUGACAAUGUUGUGGCCCAGUUCACGGUCGAAGAGGAUGGAAAAAUGACUGCCACUGCUAAGGGCAGAGUUGUCAUCCUCAAUAACUGGGAAAUGUGUGCCCACAUGUUUGCCACCUUUGAAGACACUGACAACCCCGCCAAGUUUAGGAUGAAGUACUGGGGAGCUGCGUCAUACCUUCAGACUGGAAAUGAUAUACACUGGGUUAUCGACACUGACUACGACAACUACGCCAUCCACUACUCCUGCAGACUGGUGGACGCAGACGGCACAUGCCUGGACAGCUACUCCUUUGUGUUCUCCCGUCACCCGACUGGCCUGAGACCAGAAGAUCAAGUCAUCAUCACGCAGAAGAAGACAGAUAUUUGUCUACUUGGCAAAUACAGGCGGGUUUCGCACAACGGGUUCUGCGACAACAGUGAUUCCUUUUACCAACAGUGACACUUGAAGCUCCCACCCUUUGCCUGAGAUCCUCCUGCUGGUCUCAGACUGAAUCCCUUUUGCUUAUCCCCACCUCCUCUGUUUAUGCUGUCUUGAGUGGAUAUGUAGACCAUUUCCUUUUACAAAAAUGAGAAUCUGAGAACUAUCACAUUUAAAAAACAGACUGUUA